AGUGUAUUGUCCUCUACGUGUAAUACGGACCAUAGACCUUGCAUUGUCACUUGACUUGUCACUGAAACGUCAAACGCAAACCGCCGCUGACCAAGGCGACCAAGCUCAUAACGUAACUAAAACUAAAUAACUAAUAAGUUAAUCAAGCAAGUUUUUGUCAAAAAUUUAAUGAAAAGUGCUAGUGCAUCGUGUUGAUAGUUAUAGGAAGACGGUUAUGUACUUUUAUUAACAGUUAAUUAAACAUGAAGAGAUUACAACGGUUGCCAAUUUUGUUAUUUUUAGUGGUAUUUUCUCAAGCUCACUCCGUGCCGUAUGAUGUGCAUUGGCUGAGCGGCUCACAGACCAUAGACCGGGAUAUAUCAUCUACAAAACAAAAUAUAGACAUUUAUUGCUACCGAGGCAUAACUAAGAACAUAUUGGCUCUGUGGCAAACAGCUAAGUUCCACAUAAGGAUAAAGAAUGAUGAAUUCAGCCAAUACAUCGGCAGCAGCCCGGCCGAGGUGUACAAAGAGUACACAGAAGACAGCUACGGCUGGUCCGUGGUCAGUCCGUUCCAUAAGAGGACCUACAGAACGGUGGCUAUAGAUCUGUUCAAUAAUACAUGCAUGGCCAUCAAUACUAAACAUAGGCACAGCAUAGAGUUGCAGAUUAUUAGGGUGGAUAUCUGGCGUGUGCUGUUAAUGUUCCUAGGCGCAUGCACUGUGUUCUCAUCACGCGCGCUCAGCGGGAACCCGGUAUUCUUCUACCUGUGCGGGGUUCUUGUGGGCGUGUCAGCUUCGUUCAUGGUGCUGGUUUAUUAUAUCAGCAGGCUUCUACCUAGGAAAACCUUGACAUACGGCGUGCUGAUCGGCGGUUGGACGGUCGGCGUGUACAUCUUCCAGCAGAUAUGGGAGAACAUCCGUAACAUCGUAAUGUCAUACCAGACAUAUCUGUUCUGGUAUACGCUGGUUGUGGGAUUCAUCAGCUUCCUGGUGUGCUAUAGGGUGGGACCACCGAGGAAUCAGCGAAGCAAGAACCUUGUCAUGUGGACACUGCAGGGCAUUGGCGUACUGAUGAUGUUCUUCAGCAGCGAAUAUCAGGAGGCUUCCACGGCCGUGGUGGCCGUCUGCCUCAUAAUAAAAUACUUCCCGCAGUCCGUGCUUAAUUCCAUAUAUGGAUACUGGCGACGCAAAUUCCCGCCGAAGCCGCGACUGCUGACGAGUGAAGAGUACUACGAAGAGGGAGCGAGAGAGACAAAGCAAGCUCUCGAGAAUUUGAGAAAGUAUUGUUCGAGCCCAGAUUGUGCGCAGUGGAGGAUUAUGCUCAAACUUAAUGACUCUAAAAGGUUCGCAUCAUUCGUGGAAGGCGAUUCCCACCUGAGCGACGAGGAGCUCCUCGACUACGAGUCGUACGCGUUCAGCGCCGAGCCGCGCCGCAAGCCCCAAGCCAACUCAACCAGGAUCGGCCCCCUGGACCUCUCCGACGACGACAUCACCGACGAUGAAAUGUGAACCUUGUGGUGUAAGUUAUAAGACUGAAUUUUGAUUUGUUAGCUAGUUGAGUCUAGUCCUAUUGUCGCAAGUAUUUGACUUUUAAGAUAAUCUUUUAUAGGGUUCUGUAAAUUGGAACUCGGUUUCGUCAUGUCGGUCUGUCCGUCCGCAUGGCUAACUAUUUCGCUGAAAGUAAACUAUUAGGUUAGGCAUAUCAUUAUUCAUGUUGAGGAUGUAGUUUGCCAAGGUUAAUUUCUUUAUCUACACACAUAUCAUAAACCCUAUAUGAUGCCUUCAAAAUCUGUAUAUAAUGGCCAACAUUACGAUAAACCGUUUUGUUACAACAAAUUUCUUAUCUGUGAUAAUGUAGUUAUGGCUAUGGGAGGUAGAGGCAAGGAACAUAAACUCCAUAUACCAAAAAUUGUCCAACAAAAACCAUAAAUAGGUGGCGCUACAAUACCUAAAAUACUUAAGAAAACAAUGUAAUCAUUUCUUCUUUUCUUUCUUCUUUCUAUUAUUUAUAGCUGACAGGUGGACACUUUUGCAACAGUUCUGCCUAAGGAGAUUUCGUUCCUUGCCUCUACCUUCCAUAGUUAUGGCUUCAUAACUUAAUCAAAAUCGAUUUGGUUGUACAUUCAAAUUUGGAACAUCUCUGAAUAAAAAAACAAUUCGAUUUGCCCUCUAUUCUAAUAUCAAUCGAGAUGCCUUUUUGUUCGAAAUGAAAUGUCAAUUGCAUACAAUUUUGACAUAUCUCGCAUGUUAGUUCGUAUCGAAUGAUACAGAAAUAGGCCCCCGACUCUAGUUUGUCUCCGAAUAAAAAAAAAAUACGAAUACGUGACAUGCGUGAAAAACGUUUUAAUUUACCGCCAUUUGACGUACAGUUUAUCUUUUAAUUAGUCGAAUAUGUUUUGUGGUUUUUAAAGUAACUAUGACAAAAGUUUCUGCGCGAGCUUCAAGUCGACAAUUGGCGAGAGGUCGCACAGGACCGAGAAAAGUGGCGCAGUCUUGUGUCGGAGGCCUAGUCUCAUUUUGGGUCGCUGAGCCAACGGAGUAAGUAAGUAUGACAAAAGUUUCGUGAAAAAUGAGCGAUUAAAAUAUUUCGGUGACGCCACCACAUACCCGCGUGGUCCGCCAAGAGAGCAAUGAUGCUUCGUUGGCUGUAAUUUGGGUUAGUGAAUAUAUUAUAGAAAGAUUAUAAUAUGUGUGUAGAUAAAAUAGUGUUAUGUAACUGUACAUAAUUAGGCAUUAAAACACUCGUGUGAUUUUAAUGCCUUCUAUUAUGUAGCAUUCACAUAAACUACUAUUAAAAAACUAAUUCCACUUUACCACACCAGUAAGUAUAAGUAAGGUCUCGGUCUUUAGCCGUUUAGCGUUCAAGCUAAUUUGAUUGCUUAAUACUUACGAUAUUAAACAACUAAAUUAACUUGAACCAUUGGGGCGACACUUCUGCUUUCGGUCACUUUCGGCUCCGUUCGGCUCAGCAUUGCUCCGUGCAAUUAUUAGGCUUGGCACAACUUGACGUCCCUUUGCGUGCACGACCACAGAUAAGAUAAUGACUUGAAUUUUGACAACCCUAAAUAGCCGAAAUGGAUAGUGCCAUACAUUAGAAAGGGACAGCGUGAUUCGUCCUUGAAUCGCUGUCAAACCUCGGUUUUGUAGGAAGUGUAAUUUCUGUACCGUUGUACUAUUAUUUAUUCUGCGCUUGAACCCUAACCCCCUUAUUCAUAAACGUGUACUAAAGUUACGAUGCCGCUGAUCAUCGUUUGUCCCUUUCCAUCAUACGUCUAUAAUUUGUCGGAAA